AUGGUUCGGCCUGCGCUUAGAGAGCAGUUCGUGGGCUGGGGGCCCAUGUGGCCUGAGGAGGCGGCACCAAGAGCCCGGACGUCCCCCCCCCACCCCUUCCCAACCAUACCUUUUAAGGUCUUCCGGCCAAGGGAAUGCUGGGAACGUCACAUGCAAAUUAGGUGGGCAUCCCGCGCACCGCCCCUUGGGCGACAGGGCCGGCACCAACCCGACCCACUGCGCAGGCGCGGGAAAGUUGAACUUCUAAAGUUUACGCAAGUCCACUGAAGGAGGAGGGGGAGGUGGCUCCCGGCACCAGGUGCCCCCAUGGCAGGCUCGGAAGAGCUGGGGCUCCGGGAGGACACGCUGAGAGUCCUAGCGGCCUUCUUUAGGCGAGGUGAGGCCGCCGGGUCCCCCAUUCCAACCCCACCCAGGAGUCCUGCCCAGGAGGAGCCAACAGAUUUCCUGAGCCGUCUUCGAAGAUGUCUUCCCUGCCCCCUGGGGCGAGGAGCGGUUCCCCCUGAGUCCCCUCGGCCUUGCUCCCUGCCCCUCCGCCCAUGCUAUGUUUCAGAGCCUGGAGUGCUGGCCUCGGACCCCGCCCUGCGCGGAAAGCUGGCCCGCCUCUCCGCGGGCUCCUUCGCCCGCCUAGUGGAGCUGUUCUCCUGCCGGGAGAGCAGCCCUCUGCCCGGUCGCGCACGCCCCUCCUUGCCCUGCCCUGGGCCCCCUCCGCCUUCCCCGGAGCCCCUGGCCCGCCUGGCCCUGGCCAUGGAGCUGAGCCGCCGCGUGGCCGGGCUGGGGGGCACCCUGGCCGGACUCAGCGUGGAGCACGUGCACAGCUUCGCGCCCUGGAUCCAGGCCCACGGGGGCUGGGAGGGCAUCCUGGCCAUUUCACCCGUGGACUUGAACUUACCCCUGGACUGAGAUCUUCCUCAGAAGCUGCUACCAGAUUAGACCUCAUGUCUCUCUGUGCUCUUCCUGUGCUUUGCCAAACCUUCCUGUUCCACUCAGGGUUGUGG